AAAAAAAGAAAGUUUUCCGAAGAUUACGUUAAGUUUGGAUAUACCUUCAUCGAACAAGACGAGUUACAAUUGCCUCAGUGUAUCAUAUGCAUGAAAGUUUUAACUAAUGAGGCUCAAUCGCCUCUGAAGACGAAAGAGUUUUUUCUACUAAAGCAGAAUCACUCAAGCGGAUGAGACUGGAUAAAUCGGGAAGUUCUCACACAGCUUCAUUUGAAAUAGCUUUUAUGAUAGCAAAGCAAAAGGAACCUCAUACUAUCGGUGAAGAAGUAAUAAAGCCAUGUAUCUUAAAAGCCACGCAGAUAAUUCAAGAUGCAGAGCGAAAAAUGAAGUCGAUUUCUCUUUCGAAUAACACAGUCAAGCUUAAAAUCGAUGACAUUGCAGCAGACAUAAAGUCACAAAUAAUUAACAAAGUAAAAUGAUCGCCAUUUUUUGCAAUUAUUUGCGAUGAGUCCACCGACAUCGUUAAUUGUGCACAGUUAAUAGUUUAUGUUCGUUACAUCGGCGGAGGUAUCAUUCAAGAAGAGAAUUUGAACUCCCAAUCUUUUAUAGCAGGUACUACAUCCGAAGAUAUAUUUAAUUCAAUAUCAAAUUUUGUUGAAAAAAAUGAUGAUUGGAAGAAA